AUGCAAAGUUCAAUUCCUGUUACCGUAUUUACGGGUUUUCUCGGUGCAGGAAAAACUACAAUUAUUCUUUCAUUAUUAUCUCGGAUUCCUCAAGGUUAUAAAAUUUGUUUAUUAAAAAAUGAGUUUGGAGAUAUUAAAGCUCAAGAGAGCAACUUAGCAGUACAAGAAAUGCUUAAUGGAUGUCUUUGUUGUGUAUUAGUUGGACAAAUGAAAUUAGCUUUAUUGGAACUUAAAGAAAAAUAUAAUCCUGAUAGAGUUAUAAUUGAAACAAGUAUUAUUACAGUUGUGGAUUGUGUAAAUUUUCGAGGAUAUGAAGAUACAAGUUAUACCGCAAAAAUGCAAGCUCAAUAUACUGAUGUGAUUUUAUUGAAUAAACAUGAAUUGGUUAAAGAAAGAGAAUUAGAUUUAGUAAUAGAUCAUAUUAAUGAUUUGAAUACUGACACUCCUAAAAUCAAAUGUGAAGGAAAACGAGGUGUAUCUCUUGAUUUGAUUUUUGAAUUAAUUGAUCCAAAUCAUCAUCAAUCAGAAAUAGAUUUAAUUCAAAUUACAAAAGUUAUUACUACGCAGCAAACUAGUGAAAAUAACUCUUUUACAAAACAAAAAUUUGAAAAUUUCUUGGAAUCGUUACCUAAAGAUGAAAUUUAUAGAUUAAAAGGUUUAAUAAGACUAAUUGAUGAUAAUAACGACAAUAAUGAUGGAAAACUUUAUAUCGUUAAUCAUGCAUUUGGACGUUACACUCUUACACCAAUUCAAAGAACACAUAAUCUUCCUAGUAAAAAUGUUAAUAUUAAAAUUACUAUAAUGGGUGUUAAUUUAAACAUUUAUUUAAAAAAUAUAAAAAUUGGACUUGAAAUUAAUGAUGAGCAUGUCAAUGUACAUUAUGCUCACAUUCAUUGA